UAAACAUAAGAGUUCACCAUUACUUCCUGCAAACGACAACAGCGUGUAGUUUGCGUUGGAGCUCAUACACAAUCAAAAUGAGUUUACCGCUGAAUCCCAAACCGUUUCUGAAUGGUCUUACUGGUAAGCCCGUGAUGGUGAAGCUGAAGUGGGGUAUGGAAUACAAGGGAUACCUGGUGUCCGUGGACAGCUACAUGAACAUGCAGUUGGCCAACACUGAAGAGUAUGUAGAUGGAGCGUUGGCUGGACACCUAGGAGAGGUGCUUGUCAGAUGCAACAAUGUCUUGUUCAUAAGAGGAGUAGAAGAGGAGGAAGAGGAUGGGGAAAUGAAAGAUGCUUGAAAGCUGAAUGCUUCAGCAGGCGUCUUCUACUUUCUUUAGUUUAUAUAUUUUUUUUCAUCCGGCCGCUAAUCUUGUUCACUGGAUUAGUCCUCGUUUUUUUUUAAUGAAAAACAUCUUGUUGUGAAAACAGUUAUGUAUUUUUUUUAUAUGAUGAUGAUGAUGAUGAACCAAGCUGUUGUGCCCCUCAUGGCACAAGGAUAAUAAAAUUGUGCAUAUUGCACUUUUCAGGAA